UCAAGGUUCUUCCUCAUCCUCAACCAUGACCGUCCCAGAACCCACCAACGAUUGCCCGCAUGUCGUCGGCCAUCGAGGAUUCUCAGCCAAAUACCCAGAAAACACCAUGCUGUCGUUCGACGAAGCUGUCAAGGCUGGGGCCAAUGGCAUUGAGUCCGAUAUUCACAUGACAAAGGAUGGCGAGAUGGUCAUGCUUCAUGACCCUAGACUUGACCGCACAACCGAUGGAACUGGCGUUAUUAAGGAGCAAAAUUGGUACGGUUACAUGGAGAAUUUGCGUACCAAGAAGGAGCCACAUUGCGCUAUUCCUCGUAUGAGCGAUGUCCUGUCAUACCUCAAGCAAAAAGAAAAUGUAGAGAAUGGCCUCUAUCUCGUUCUUGAUAUCAAGAAUGAUAACUCGCCUAGUGUUUUGGAGGAGUUGCACAAGCUAAUCCUGGCGCACGAGCCACACGAUUUUUCCAAGCAAAUCGUAAUUGGUAUUUGGCAUCCACGUUUCAUUCCAUUGGCCCAGAAAUUGUUUCCAGAUUAUAGUCUUUGCUUCAUUGGCGUAUCUGUACCCGCUGCUCGUAAACACUUCUUCGAGCAUGUCGAUGUUAUCAGUUUACAUUUCGCCGCACUUUCCGGCAUUGAUGGCCAAAAGCUCAUCCGAGACGCCCACGAAGCAAACAAGAAGGUCUACGUAUGGACUGUUAAUACCCCUGCUAUGAUUCAAGAGACUGUCCGAUGGAAUGUCGACGGUGUUCUCGGAGACGAUGUUAAUGUGCUUUUGCACAACGUUCAUGCUAUUGCUUCUGACGAAAAGGCCUUGAUUAUACCUGCUGCCUCUUACAUGACCUUCAGUCGUAGAUGGUACUACUACUUCAUAAGGAACAUCAUGGUAUUCGCUUCAUGGAAGUUCCUUGGCAUAUAAUCAAUGCAUAGAUUAUGUACCUAUUAUACACACCUCAUUAUAUGCAUCUUACUAUAUGUUAUGCUUUGUACAAUUCUAUCUUACUAUGUUGUCUCAUGAAUAGAUGAUUUGACUUUUCCUGAUUGAGCGAAAUUCAG